AUGGGGGGAGGGAUGGUGGUGGCGUACUGGUUGACGGAGCACCCGGCGAUCGUAGGAUUCCGGUGGAGCCACUCCCAGUCGUGGGGUUCAACCUGGUACUUCCUCGUCUCCUCCAUCGCCGCGUACCUCUCGGCGGCGCUGGCUCUGCACCUCCUCCUCCGCAUCGCCGGCCGCCGCCGGCCCCUCCCCCUGGGUCCUCUCCCGGCGGUGCACUCACUAUCCAUGGCCCUCGUCUCCGCCGUCAUCUUCCUAGGGACCCUCCUCUCCUCCGCCGCAGAAAUCCGCGACACCCACUGGUUCUGGCUCAACCGGCGCACCUCGCAGCUCACCCACCCACUACAGUGGCUCCUCUGCUUCCCCCCGGGGACCCGCCCCUCCGGCAGGGUCUUCUUCUGGUCUUACGCUUUCUACCUCUCUCGCUUCCUCCACUUGCUCCGGUCCUUCUUCCUCAUCGCCCGCCACCGCGGAGACGACGGCGACGACGGCAGCGGCGGUGGCUCCCUCUCCCUCGCGCGGCUCCUCUCCAACUACUCCAUCCCCGUCUGCACCUCCUUCCUCUUCCUCGAGUUCUCCCAGUCCGUGCAGGUGAUGACCAUCCUCUCCACCACCCUCUCCUCCCUCGUCGUCUACGGCUACCGCUUCUGGCUCGGCGUGGGGCUGCCGUGGGGGGUACCCUUCCCGGCGGUGCUUGCGUCCUGCCAGGCCAUGUUCGUGGCCUGCACCCUGGCCUGCGAUUUCGGCGUGCUCCUCCUCCAUUUCUGCAAGGGCGGCUGCAACGGCAUCGGCGCAUGGGUCUUCAACUCCCUCCUCAACGCCGCCCUCUUGCUCCUCUUCCUCCUCAAGUACAACGUGAAGGGCCGGCCUUGCUGGAGCUGCGUGCCGUUCCCCAAGGACGACCGCUCCGCCUCCCGCCGCCCCCUCGCCGCCGGCGACAACUCCACCACCGUCCUCAAAGAUCACUAA